UACCGCAGAGGCUGUAUAGAGAGCAACGACAUGGCGGGUGUAUUUCCAUUGUAUUUAUUGCGGAUAAUUAAAAAAUAAAUAGGCCUACAGGAGAGAGGGCAAUUAGAGAUUAAUGUGUGGGAAGAGGAUGUUUUUUCCUCCUGCUAGUUGAAUUCAGGCUACCCGGAUCUAUUAGCCUAGCUAGCUAGCGCUCUGCUUUCGCGGUAAUAAUAACACCCCGGUCAUGGUUUUGAUGAUGGAAUCGCAGUGCGAGUAUUUCAUGUAUUUCCCCGCCGUGGCCAUUACCGACUUGUCAGACCCGGCCCGGUACCGCACCCUGCCGCGCCGCAGUCAUCUCUAUCUAGGGGAGACGGUGCGCUUCCUGCUGGUGCUGCGCGCGCAGAGCGGCUCGAGCUCCGGGUGCAGUGAGGAGCGCGCGGGCCGCGGCUGGAGGGAUCUGGCCACGUCUCUGCGCGCGCUCGCCAGCGUGUGUCCGGGGGAGAGCAGGGCGCGGGGCAGGGACCGAUCCGGAGACGAUGGAGCGGAGGAAGAGGAGGAGAGUGAUGAUGACGGAGCGGCGAGCUGCUCAUCCAGAGGAGCCGCCACAUACCGGGGAUUUAGGGAGUGUAAAUUGCUUCUUAUACACAACAACCCCGGGAACGGAUCCCGGGAGUUCCGCAGAGCUCCGGUGCAGUCACCUGUGGAUGAGCCAAUGGUUCUGAAUGAUGAAGUCAUCUUCCCUCUUACUGUGUCCUUGGAUAAACUCCCGGUCAACACUCUUAAAGUCAAGAUCAUAGUAACUGUAUGGAAGCAGGAGGAGGAAAAGGCUGAGAUCCAGGAACAUGGCUACCUCAGCAUUCUUCAGCAGAAGAGCCCUUGCCAAACUUUCCGCCAGGACCUCAACACAUUUAAAGCCCAAGUCAGCACCACUCUAAACGUCCUUCCUCCACCCACAGUGAAGUGUCAGCAGAUGACUGUGUCUGGGAAACACUUGACUGUACUUAAAGUGUUAAACGGAAGCUCCCAGGAGGAGGUGUGUGUGCAUGAUGUCCGAAUUCUGCCCAACUUCAAUGCCUCUUAUUUACCCAUGAUGCCUGAUGGUUCCGUGCUGCUGGUCGACAAUGUGUGCCAUCAGUCAGGUGAGGUUGCCAUGGCAUCCUUCUACAGGAUGGACAGUGAGUCCAGUCACCUUCCCAGCAUGCUUAGUGCACUGGAGCAGCAAAACUUCCUGUUUCAGCUACAGCUCAGUGACCAGGCCCAUGAUGAUUCUAAUGAGGGUCUGGAGGUGCCACUGAUAGCAGUUCUCCAGUGGUCCACCCCAAAGCUGCCGUUCACCAGCUCCAUUUACACGCACUACAGUGUGCCCAGCAUCAGACUGGACCGGCCUCACUUCAUCAUGACCGCGAGCUGCCCCAGUGCUGUAAGAGCUCAUGAGCAUUUCAGAGUGCGCUACACUCUCCUUAACAACCUGCAGGACUUUCUGGCUGUACGGCUCGUCUGGACACCAGAGGGCCGUGGGCAGAAGGAGGACCCAGCAGUAAAUGCUGUAGUGUGUCAUUCUCCUCUAAGUAACCUUGGUUACUGUCGCAAAGGCAGCACUCUCUCUGUGUCUGUGGCCUUCCAGAUACUUAAAGCUGGUCUGUUUGAGCUGAGUCAGCACAUGAAGCUAAAGCUGCAGUUUACAGCAUCUGUAUCAAACCCUCCCCCUGAAGCCCGUCCUCUCUCACGUAAGAACAGUCCAUCCAGUCCUGCUGUACGAGACAUUUUGGACCGACACCAGGCCAGCCUGAGCCUGGGUCGCUCACAAUCCUUCUCCCAUCAGCAGCCUUCCAAAUCCCACCUUACCAGGACAGGCAGUGUUAUGGAACGGCGUGCAAUCACUCCUCCUGUCGGCUCUCCUGUCGGUCGGCCACUCUACCUCCCCCCUGAGCGGAGCAUUUUAUCUCUCGACAAAAUCGCCAAACGCGAGUGCAAAGUGCUGGUGCUGGAAUCACACAGCUAAAUGAUGUAAAAGACACACAAUGCGUCACUGGAGAAAAUACGAAGUAUCACACUGGAAAUUAGUUUUGAAAUCUUUAAUUGUAGUGAGUUGUCAAUAAUUCAACAUGAACUGUUUCUGGAAAAAUGUAAUUUGGAAUGUUUAAGGUUCACGGUAACGUAGCAGACACAGGGUUUUUUUUAUUUUUUAGUAAUGUUGAAGUGAGGGGUACUUUUUUUUUUUAAUUAUUAUUAUUAUUUGUUUCUACAAGUUCAUUGUUUACAUGCUGUUAAUUCCCUUUCAGACCAGACUUAAAGUAUGCUACUGUCGAUGAACUUAAUUCUGAAAGGCAGGUAAAGAAAUGCUGUAAUCUACAAAUUUACUGAAAUAAUACAUUCACUUCAUUUCCUUGUUUCAAAUUUGCCACUCAUACUAAUGCACCAUGUGAAGUCUAGUGUUUGAAGAAGUACAUGAAGUCUUGAAACUGGAAUUGACUGAAAGUAAUCCUGCCUGAAUGUUUUGUUUCCAACAUUUCGACUGGUCUGUAUUAUAGUAUGCAUUUUCACUGACCUUCAACAGUGGAAACUUGUUUUUUGUUCUUAAGAUGAUUCCUGAAUGUAAAUGUAUUUAUUUUCUGUUAUCUUGCCAGUCUUAAUAUAUGCAUCCAUUCUUUUGA